AUGGAGAGAUUAGAUGCAACCCAGGUUGCCCUGCCCAACCGUGUAUGUCUUGUGCCUAUGGCUUGUGUUGGCACUUGUGCUCGUCGGAUUACAGGGACUUGCCCUUCACGUCGCAUCGAAGAAGACACCAUCUUGCUAGUCGACGACGAUGGUCUUUUCCACCACCGCUCCAGCGGCGACUUUGAACGCUUGGUGUGCAGGAUCUUCAUUGACAUAGUAAUCCCGGUCUUGCACCGAGAGAAACGGCGGCACAAACGCAUGACUGACACCAUUCUAGCCAGCAAUUCAGCAAAUCAGCAAAUCAGCAAAUCAGCACCCAAACGGAUACCAAAAAAGAAGAAGAUGAUGAAGAUGAUGAUGAUGAGCGGGCGCACCCCAAUCCAAGACUGUUUGGUCAAGGCAGGCGCAGACUUGGCCGCAUCGAGACAAGCACGAGUGAAGCCAGGUUCUGGCGCCAUGACGUCACGGGCAUGUCAGGAAGCCACGCCUGCCCCCGAGUACAAAAGCGGUUGCAUUCCUGGGGACCUUCCUUCCAGCCAUUGA